AUGGCGGAUGGGUCGAUUUUGUCGAGGCACGUAUUGUCCUUGCUUAAGGAGCUCAGUAAGACGGACUCCUCUGUUCAAAAGCUGUUGAGUAGCAGCAUCGAGAUCAGAUCCGAAUUGGGCGAAGGCAGCGACCUCACGGUAUUGAGCCAAUUCGAGUUUCAUGGAUCCGGCAACUUGCUUCAUGGCCUUGGUCUGGGCAGCAGAUCCGACACGAGAUACAGACAAACCGACAUUGAUAGCUGGUCGGACUCCCUUGUAGAAGAGUUCAGUCUCCAAGAAGAUUUGUCCGUCUGUGAUGGAAAUGACGUUGGUUGGAAUGUAAGCAGACACAUCUCCGGCUUGAGUCUCAAUAACUGGGAGAGCGGUGAGAGAUCCUCCUCCGAGGGUGUUGUUCAUCUUGGCGGCACGUUCGAGGAGACGAGAGUGAAGAUAGAAUACAUCUCCUGGGUAAGCCUCACGACCUGGUGGACGACGGAGAAGAAGAGACAUUUGACGUGUCUAUUCAUACCCGGUUUGACGAUCUCCGAUGAUCAAUUCACGUUGUCCACGUCCGAUUGGGACAAGAGAGUCGACAGCCUUAACUCCAGUAAGCAUAGGUUCGCGGACAGAAAGACGUGGGAUAAUUCCUGGAGCCUUAACUUCGACACGAGAUCUCUUGGCAGAGUUGAUUGGUCCCUUUCCGUCAAUUGGGUUUCCGAGAGCAUCAACAACACGUCCGAGAAGUCCAUCUCCGACAGGAACGUCGACGAUAGCUCCGGUACGCUUGACAAUAUCUCCUUCUCUGAUGACCUUAUCGUUACCGAAGACUACAACUCCGACGUUGUCAACGUCCAAGUUCAUGGCCAUUCCCUUGAUUCCAGAAUCGAACUCAACCAUUUCUUCUGCUUGGAUGUUCUUCAAUCCGUAGACACGAGCGAUACCGUCUCCGAUGGAGAGGACCUAAGAGAAAAGCUUAUUUGUCUGAUUUUGAUGGGCGAUAAACUAGAUUCGACUAUCGAUGCUGUGGCUUCGAUGAGUAGAAGUACUGAUUUUCCUAGCUCAACGAAGAAAUCAGACAUAUUGAAAGAUGAAAAACGUAUAGAAGAUCAGCAUAUCAAUCCAGAAAUGUCUAGAAAAAGAAAAGUCGAUAAUACAGAAUUUCUCGCUCGUCCUGAUACAUUAACAGAUAGAAAAAGAUGGAAAAUUGAAGAGGAUAUUGAUGUCUUGGAAGACUCUAAACCGUGCGCUUCUACUUCAACCACUCUUCACACUCCCCAUCAACGAGAAAGCUCAUCGAUAAGUAAUCAAAGCUUGGAAGAAAGCGAUAGACUUGAACGUGGAGAAUCUUCAGAAAUAUCAGAUUCACAGAAAAAGCGAGUCGAUAUGGAAAGAACCAGAAAUAAAACAUCUCACCGCGAGCCAUCGAUCACUGAGUCUGACCCAAUGAAAAUAUGGACAGCUUCUGAUGAUCUCUCUCUGAUCACAGCGGUUUCACACGUUUCAUGCCUUCGGUUCAUUCACAACAGCCUUCCAUUUUCUCGGAAAUUCUCAUAUUCUGAUUUAGAAGAACGAUUCUGCCAAUUAAUGUAUGAUGAAAAAUUGUCUGAGUUAGCUAGAAAACGAAUAUCGGGGAUGACAGAAAGACAACGACUUCAUAUCGAAUCUCGUACUCCGUUCACCCGAAACGAGGAGCGCUGUUUGAUGGAUUCGGCAGAAAAACGUCUGAAAAGUCAGAGAAAUGAUAAAAAUGAUCCGGAUAAUCACACAAUUCUCACAAUUGAUCAUUUUAAGACAAUUUUGGAUGAUAAUCGAUCGACGUUCCACCAAUCACGUACACCACAAGUUCUUUCUGAUCACUUUCGUCGUAUAAAAGGAUAUCGUGACACUUCGAAAGAGUCCGAAAAGAAUAGUUACGAAGCAUUGGAAUCGAAUAAGGAAGUUCUUCAGGUGGAUUUCGACAUUAAUGUACCUAUGCAAUCAUGUCGUGCCCGUUACUACGCCAUUGCUCGACGCCCAGCUUUCCGCGGAAUUCAAAGUCGUUUCCAGACAAGUGCAACAGUUCCAGAUAAUGCUAUUGCCAUAAUACAUGGACAAUUCCUACAAUAUGCAAUGACUGGAAAAAUGGUUGUGAUGGGAAGAGCUUCUAUGUAUGAUAAAGUGGAUAUCGACUUGUCGAAGGAAGGUCCCGCAGCAAAGGUCUCUCGCCAACAAGCAGUCAUUUGCAAUGUGGCAGAUGGUGAAUUCAGUAUUGAAAACAUUGGCCAACGUCCUAUGUAUGUGGACAGCAAACCUCUUCCACAGAUGGUUUCUACUUCUUUGAAACACGGUUCAAUAAUCGAAAUAGCUUCACUCCGACUCAUCUUCAGUAUCCCAGUGCCACGUGUUCUUCAUCCUCUUACCCGUCAGAUUGCUUUCCAACAACGUCGGACUCAACAAGAGAAAAACAAUCAAAAUUAUCAGCGAAGUAGUCCUGGUGGCCUAGGUGGACCAAGUUCCUCAACUUCUAAAAAACCCCGUCCGAAACCGAAUCCGGCAGGUGGUUCCUCCACGACUACAGUACACAAAUCAAUUCGAAAAACAGAUUUCGGAGAAAAGGAGCAGUUGGUCAAGGCUGUGCAAGAAAUUUCACAAGACCCUUGA